ACAAGUUAAAGAGAAAAGAAAUGUACCAGGAAUAAAAUAAUGUCCAAUUAAUACAUAGUGAUGAAUUCAAAAAAACAAAUGCUAUAAUUUCUCCAAGUACUACAAUCUCUCUUGCUUCCUCCAAGUGAUGCCAUAUCUCAUAAUUCUUCUUUUCAUCUUUGUGGUAGCAAGUGAGAACCAAGUCUUGAAGAAAUCUCUCCAAGAUAAUGGAGUAUUAAUCAUUCCCACCCAGGAUUUUGAGGCUGCCAAAUUCCUUACUUCAACAAGAACUAACACCAAGGAAAAAAAUUCAAUGCAUCUCCCUCCUCAUAUUGACAAAAGUAUGGAGAGCAUACUUGAAAGAUAUGAGAGAUGUUCUUAUGCAGAAAGGCAGCAUAAUGCAACAAAUGAAUCAUUGGGAAGCUGGACUCUUGAUUAUGCAAAGCUCAAGGCAAGGCUAGAUGUUGUUCAGAGAAACCAAAGGAACUAUAUGGGAGAAGAUUUGGACACAUUGAAUCUAAAAGAGCUUCAGAACUUGGAAAACCAAUUGGAUGUAUCUCUUAAGCACAUUCGAUCUCAAAAGAAUCAACUAAUGCUUGAAUCUAUCUCCGAGCUUCAGAAAAAGAUAAAAGAAAGGGAGAAGCAUAAGGAAGCUGCUGCAGAAUUGGAACAAUCAAAUUAUGAGCUUGACUCAUCACCAUUCGCACCAUCACAACAGCUACACUCCAUAAAUAUUGGUAGUGGCAAUUACAAGCAGAAAACAACAGAAAACGUCAAUGGACAAAUGGAAGAAAGGGCUUCCAUUGUUAAUACAGUGAUGCCUCCAUGGAUGAUUCGCCAUGUCAAUGGUUAAAACUAUGUCCAAAGUUUCUACAUACUUUGUUGAUUUCUAUAAUCAUGUUUUACAGUAUAGUAAAUAAGAAUAUAAAGUUUUUCCAUGUUUUGUUUCUUUACAUAAUUUUACAGUAUUGUAAAUAGGAAUAUAUACUUUGCUGGUGGGAAACUUGGCACCUUUGCCUAUACUAUGUUAUUAAAUUUUGUGUUAA